AUGACUGAACGCCUGUUGCGCCGGCGGGGGAUCGCGCCUCUGCUCUCAUCCCUGCGCCGUCCCCGCACAUCCGCGAUCGCCAGCUCGCUCACGAUGGCCACCCGCCAGCACAAUACCGACUCGUUGGCCACGCCCUCCUCGAUCCCCGACCCAGAUACCCCGUCCUCCUACAAGCCGCUACCUCCACGAUGGUCCGCCAUCAAAUCAGCCAAGCCCUUCUCCGACUUCCUCACAGAUACCUUCAACCGUCAGCAUGACUACCUCCGCAUCAGCGUCACCGAACGCUGCAACCUCCGCUGUCUCUACUGCAUGCCGGAGGAAGGCAUCCAACUAUCCCCGCCGGCUCGUCUCCUCACCUCCCCGGAAAUCGUCUAUCUAUCGUCGCUGUUCGUGUCGCAGGGCGUCACCAAAAUCCGAUUGACGGGCGGCGAGCCGACGGUUCGCAAAGACAUCGUUCCCUUGAUGCAGUCUAUCGGGGAGCUGCGACAGGACGGUCUGCGCGAGCUGUGCCUGACCACCAACGGGAUUUCAUUACACCGCAAACUGGACGACAUGGUCGAGGCUGGCCUGACCGGCAUCAACCUCAGCCUGGACACGUUGGAUCCCUUCCAGUUUCAAAUCAUGACGAGAAGGAAGGGCUUCGACGCCGUGAUGCGAAGCAUUGACCGGAUCCUGGAACUGAACAAGGCGGGGGCCGGAAUCAAGCUGAAAAUCAACUGCGUGGUGAUGCGGGGACUCAAUGAGCGGGAAAUCGUCCCCUUCAUUGAACUGGGGCGUGACAGCCCCAUCGAGGUGCGCUUCAUCGAGUAUAUGCCGUUUGACGGCAACAAAUGGAGCCAAGGGAAGAUGGUCUCUUAUCAAGAAAUGCUGGAUAUCAUCCGGGAAAAGUACCCGGCGCUCCAGAAAGUGCCCGACCAUAAGAACAACACGAGCAAAACCUACCAAGUGCCGGGCUUCCAGGGUCAGAUCGGGUUCAUCACCAGCAUGACGCAUAAUUUUUGCGGCACCUGCAACCGGUUACGCAUUACAUGUGAUGGCAAUCUCAAGGUGUGCUUGUUUGGCAAUGCCGAGGUAUCCCUGCGAGAUAUUCUCCGGAAGGAAAACAACGGGGAGCCGAUUAGUGAGACCACCAUGAAGGAGCUCGAAGCAGCAGGUCUGGUGCGUUUGGAAGGAGACCAAGUUUCCGAACGCGAACAGGAGCUACUAGACAUCAUUGGAAUGGCAGUCAAAAGGAAGAAGGCGAAGCAUGCGGGCAUGGGAGAGCUCAAGGACAUGAAAAAUCGGCCGAUGAUACUUAUUGGUGGAGCAACGCAUCAUUCCAAUCAAACUAUACUGAAUUCCAGCAAACGCCCAUGGCUUGGAAUUCCCACCCACAUAUUCUCUGGCCAUGGUCCAACCACCACCCAAGCCAGCCAAUACCAUAGUUCGCGUCAACACAAUCUACCAUCCUCCAAAUCUACCGACCAACAUCUCAAUGAGACAAAACCAAUCUCCCCCUCCCUCUCCACCGCAUCCGACCCCGACCUCCCCCACCUCAACGCCUCCCAGAACGUCCACAUGACCAAAAUCGACGAAAAAGCCAUCACAACCCGCCUCGCCACAGCAACUUGUCUCGUCCAAUUCACGAAUCCCCGUCCCUGGACCCUCCUCCGAGAAGGCCGAACCAAAAAAGGCGAUGUCUUUAGCGUCGCUCGCAUCGCCGGCAUCAUGGCCGCCAAAAAGACCCCCGAUCUCAUUCCUCUCUGUCAUCCGGGCAUCGGUCUCACGGGCGUCGAAGUCGACGUGGAACUCAUCGAUCCACCUACCUCUUCCUCUUCCUCCUCCUCGUCUGCCUCCGAGGACUCCUCCGUGGGAACCCACGGCGCAAUGCGCGUCCUCGCAACAGUCAGCUGUCUUGGUCGCACUGGCGUGGAAAUGGAAGCCAUGACAGCCACCAUGGGUGCCGCGUUAACGGUAUAUGAUAUGUUGAAGGCGGUAGAUAAGGGGAUGGUGAUUGUUGGGGUUCGAUUGUUGGAAAAGAAGGGUGGGAAAAGUGGUCAUUGGGUGAGAGAUGAACAGGUUGAGGGAGUUUGA